GUUGGGUAGAUACCGCGAUUUCCGAAGACUUGUUGCUGCUUGAAUGGUACGCUGACGGAACCCUGAAACGUGCCACUUAUUUGCAGUUUGUCUGAAUGCGCUACCGAAAAGAUCAACGAUGAGCUCGUCAGACGCCUUCAGGAUCCUCAUAGCCACCGAUUUGCAUCUCGGCUAUGAAGCGAAGGACGCCGAAAGAAAGAACGACUCCAUCAGGACGUUCGAGGAAAUACUCCAGAUCGCGACCCAGCAGAAUGUCGACUUCAUACUGCUCGGUGGGGACAUGUUCCACGACAACAAGCCGCCGCGCUGGGUUGAACACGAGACAUUGCGGUUGCUGCGCCAGUACUGUCUUGGUGACAAACCAGUGCAGUUUGAGAUCCUGAGUGACCAGGCAGAAAACUUUGGCUUCUGUGCCUUUCCCAAUGUUAACUACGAGGACGCCAACCUCAACGUCUCGCUCCCGGUGUUCACCAUCCACGGAAACCACGACGACCCGACAGGAUCCGAAAACCUCAGCAUCAUCGACGUCCUCGCGACGUCGGGACUCGUAAAUUAUUUUGGAAAGGUGACAGACCUGACGAACGUGCGGCUGUUGCCCGUUCUGCUGCGCAAGGGGCGAGUGCUUCUGGCUCUCUACGGCUUGGGCUGGAUCCGGGACGAGCGGCUACACCGGCUGUUUCGUGAGAGCAAGGUGCGGAUGCUGCGUCCCCGCGAGUGGACUGACGAGUGGUUCAACCUCUUGGUGCUCCACCAGAACCGGGCCAAGCACGGCCUCACUGACUACAUUCCCGAGGACUUUCUCGACGAGUUCCUCGACCUGGUCGUCUGGGGUCACGAGCACGAGUGCCUCAUCGAGCCAGAGUUCAAUGGCAGGUUCCAUGUGACGCAGCCAGGCAGCCCCGUGGCCACUUCGCUGUGUCCAGGUGAGGCGGCUCCCAAACACGUUGGCAUCGUGGAGAUAGCCAUGGUCGAUGGCAAGAAGUCUCACAAGCUCACCAAGAUUCGCCUGAAGACUGUGCGGCCCUAUUACAUCAAGACGGUGUCGCUGUUUGACCUCGAGGAGAAGAUUGCGGCCAUGGGCAAACGAAGCGUCGCCAAAACCUUCUCCGAGCAUGCACUUGACUUUUGCACCCGGCACAUCGAGGACAUGAUUGAGCAGAGCAUCCGCGAGCACUCCAGCAGCGGGCCGCAGCCCAAGCUCCCACUCAUCCGCCUCCGCGUUGAACACGGCAAUGACCACGAGACUUUCAGCCCUCACCUGCUGGCCCGCAUGUUUACCGGACGCGUGGCCAACCUGCGUGACAUUGUGCUCUUCACCAAGCGACGGGGCACCGUCAACAAGGACAACGGUGCUGUAGACAUGAACUGUUUGCAGGAGAUUGCAAACCCCGAGGCACUGGCGCGAUCGCGCGUCGAGGACCUGGUGCGCGAGUACUUCGAGACGGUGGAUGACACGCUGCAUAUGACCGUGCUUACUGAUGCGGCGAUGCAGCGGGCCAUGAACCUGUUCGUGGACAAGGACUGCACCGAUGCCAUCAUGGGGGCUGUCAAGAUGCAGGAGGCCCGAGCAGUCACCGAGCUCAGAGACGUUCCCGAGAGCAAGCUGAUUGAAGAGAUUUCUCAGCUCAAGACGCGCUUUGCUGACCAGCCUGACAUCAGUGCCGAGGAGAUUGAAAGACGAGUGACGCAGGUAUCGAACCGUGCUGAACGGCGCAGAGGCUCGGACGACGAUGACGACGAGGGCGAGGUCAGCCGGAUCGAAGACUUUGACGAUGACGAUGACCCUGACAGUGUUGCGAACUCAAAGGCAUCGCGUGGAAGGGGAAGGGGGACGUCAUCCACUAGAAGAGGCCGCAGCAGAGCCAGAGCUGCUUCAUCUUCCGCAAACACAUCUUCGACAAGAGCUCGAGGCAGGCAGAAGCGUGUUAACCUAUAAAUUACACCGUGGUAAUAUAUAUAUAUAUAUAUAUAUUUUGAAUGUGGACAGAUAACUGUGGGUUAUGUAACAAGCUUAUAGAAAUUGGUGUGAAUUGUCAUUCCCGGAGCGUUGCACAGUUUGUCAGGCCGUAGUUUAAAAAUGCAUCGUGAACAGCAUAGGCAAGGGAGAGAAGUUAUGAAAACACCGCCACUGCUUUGUUAAAGUACGCACACCACUCGUGACUGAACAAACCAGCUUGUCAAAUAGGAAACAGCAGCUGAGCUGCUCUGUUUGUAUUAGCUCGCUCUAAGCAGUUUUGCCUUCCCCCUUUUUAAAAUCUUUUUAUAAGGUAUUGUUUAUAUAAUGUAGCAGUGCAACACUUAGUCAAACCUAAAAUGUCAGUUUUGUCAGUUUCAAUGUUUCUGUAUGAUGUAGUUAGAACAUCUGCUAUAUAUUUUUCUCGUGAAGUGAGAUUCUAAUUCCAACAUUCCAAUAACUCGGCAUUUUGUGGCUCCUGGCAAUUUUGGCCACCAGAUGUUGGAAACCUGAAUUAACAUUAUUUCGAGGUGUUUAAAACUUUACAAGCAGUCUUUAGGAAAUGAAGGAAAGAAAAAAAAGAAAAGACCAGUCAGGAAAUUAGAAUCAAUUUGCUUCUGUGUAUUUUUUCCCUGAAGGUGUAACCCUAGUUCUGAGAUAGUAGAGAGCAUGUAAAUGCAUGUUAUAUCAUUGCCAUUUUGUCGGUACACAGGUAUGGAGUUGUGGACUGCAGCGCUGGUGGUGAUGUCUUGUGAUGCCAGCCAAACUUGUGCUUAUGUCAACCAGCCAGCUUCUGCUUUGCCAUGCCACUUAAAGCCAUACCAUUUCUUUUUCUAGCUUGGCACAAAGGCUAUCGCAGCGACUCGAAUUUCUUAUUGGCGAUAUACUUUCUCGUGCCAAGAAGUAUGACUCAACGAAAGACCGUUACUGCACAUUGUGGUUCAAAUGCCACAUCACCAGGCGGUGUUGUUCCCGCCCCAUUAUAUUCUGCUAGGACGUUAAAGCUAAAAUGAACACUACAUGCGAGCUAAAGCUAUCUACUGUCACAGUUAUCCAGCUUGCUGGAUUACUGUUUGUGUCUUAUGAAGUGCUUUUAUGCAAGUUGUUAUUAGUUUUUAUUUUUGUUGCAUUUAUGUACACUGAUCUUCUGUUCACCAAUAUGUGAAGUAGUGAGGAUAGUUAUGUCUGUGUUACUUCAGCAAUUUCAGCUUGUAGUGAAAAUAGGUGAGGUUUAUGCCUACACAUAUCCCUCACCCCACCCCCCCCCCCCCACCCCCCGAUGAAAGAAAAAAAAAUAUGUAGCAGUUGUAGUUUGUAGGGAAAAUUCUAGCAAGUUGUGCUCACGCCUCUCUAAAGAAAUGUCAAUUGCAGCUUCAGUACGAUUUCCUAAUGAUGCAGGAGAACCUCGUGAGCAGUGUAAUAGGUAAUACUGAAAUUUUUGUUGCACAAAAACAAAAGUUCGUGUUCUGCGGAAAGGAAACAAGGUGUACAUAUACACAUCAGGUGCGAUUUGACAUGUAACCUGUUAUGCUUAACAGCAAACUUUAUGUUGGGGCCAACUUCAAUUUCCCUAUCCCAAAAUACAUGUGAAAUGCAUAAAUAAUCUCAUUAGACAACUGACGAACCUAUUCAAAUGACUUUGUUUUCUUGCAUUUAAGAUAGAACGCUCAAUUUCAAUUAUUGUAGGAAACAAAAUUUGAAUAUAGGGCGAAACAUUGGUAAGAUUUUAGAGAAGUGAAGCACAAAAAUUAGAAAUCCCUGAUUCUGCACACAAAAAAGCAUCUGAAGUGGACUGACAUAAUGUGCGAGCUUAAAGUUUUCAUAAAAUUGUUACAAUGUUUACGAGAGUUUUCCAAAAGUCCUACUCACAUGUUAGUGGUAUAUUUCAGAGCCAUGCAUAACACAUCAUGUUUGUUUGCUGUAGAUGUCCCAGUAGAUGUAGCUUAUACAAUUGUGAUAUCGUUUUAUUUAACCCUUUCGCUGUCGGACGUUUCUGGCCGUGACGCACCCCCAGUGUCGGCUUGGUUUCAGGGAACGAGCAUAACAGGAAAUGAACAUAGCAAUUUAUUUUUGAUUAUGAUUGGUAUACAAAUAACAUAGUCAAUGCAAUAUGCACAUUUCAGUGUUCUGCAGCUGUUGUUAGUAAACAUCAUCAUCAUCAUCAGCCUGACUAUAAAAUCUGUUCAACAUCCGAAUCUGACGAUGCGGAACCCUCUUCGUCUCAUGCGACUUUGUCCGAGUCCAAAUCCGAGCUCGGCUCGUAUUCUGAAUCGGAAUUCAGCCACCGCUCCCAUGAGCAGACGAAGGUCCCGCGCGCCGAGCCAUCCGAAAGUAACCGCGCGCAGGGAGGAUGCGCUUUCAGUCGCCCGCGCAACGGAGAGAAAUGGGACGUUGCAUGAUCAAGAAGACAGAGGGACAUGAAAAAAGGCUAAACAAAGUUCGAAGGGCUUUACGUUUACUGCUGCAGGUCGGAAGCGAGGGUGCGGCGAGAGAGCGAAAGCAGCAAUCGAGUCACCCUUUUGGGAGAGGCAACGGCACUUGCGCCUGAACUUGACGCGCCGUAGCAGGCACACCAUCAGAAGAAAAAUAAAAACCUUCAAACCAGCGGAGAUUACAGAACAACCCUUGAACCCAUAACCACACGCGCGCGACGCAUGAUCCAGCGAACGCGGAGCCACCGCGCCACUCAGCAAAGAGAAAGUGGGGAGUGGCAGUCGCACCGUACUCUUCAAUACAUGGGUUAACACAGGUCGGAGCGAAUAUACGAACUUGUAGAAAGAGUCAACAGAUGAUGUGGACAAUCCAGGAGCGCCUGUUUUUGCGCUCAGGCGCGAAAUUUUGAACGCACGAUAGAGAACGUACCGGUACGUCAGUGACACCGUGGGGGGGAAGCGCGAUGACGUACCGGUACGUCAGUGACAGCGAAAGGGUUAAUUGCUCACUUUGGUGUGAGCUUGAUAUAUGUAACGAAGUCAAAACAGCGGGAAGGAUGGAACAAUGAAGUACACAAACGCUGAAGCACCUACCUUCAACUAAAAUGUAUUGCAUGCCGCACUCUAAAUACUAAUACAUAAAACGGAAAAAGAGUUACGUUUUCCAUGCAAGGGAACGUCAUGAUUCCUUUUUCCCCUUUGUGUGUGUAUAUUUCGUGCAUCGCAUGCAAUAAACAUUUGUUGAAGGUCAGAACUUUGGCAUUUGUGUUCUUACCUAGUUGUCCCACGAUUCACGCUAUUCAGACUUUGUAGGUACCAGCUAGCCCACGUCAUAUGCUUAUUUCCUUUCUUAUUUUAAUUUUUUUAUUUUUGCAGUUCUCAAACUUCUGUAAGCAAGUUUGUGACCUAAACUUUUAAAAAUAUGUUCGCUACGUUAAGUAGAUUUUAACUGUUUCUUUUCGUGCAACGUACAUGCUCAAGUUAGCUGCAGCAGGUGCCAAGCAAAAUGAUUUCUUUGUUCUCGUCUGUUGAGAUAUUGCUACUGAGGCAAAUAAAGCUUCCUCAUAAGUCACAGCACAUUUGGUGCUCUCUGCCAUGCAUCCAUGAAAAAUACGAGAAAGAACACGAGGUUUGAUUUUAGGGCCAGGAUUAUCGUAAAAUCCACUCUAUAGCAAGCAUCCAAACAUGGAAAGCUCUUUUGGGGAUUCUUCUUUGUUUUGUGGUACAUCAUCUUUUCAGCUGAAAAGCUGUUACCCUGUAGAAAAAGAGAAAAGGGAAAAAAAAAAAACUUCAGUACUACUCGAGAAUGCAGAACACAACCUGGCAUACUCACAUAACAUGUUGGAUAUUAUGAUAUUUGCUGAUGUGUGUAUCUGAAUAUGACAUGUAAACGUGUGCCAAGGGUCUUUCCCGUUGAACACUUCUUGUGAUGUGCCUUAUAGUUCAGUAUUUAUGUUGGAACACCCUGACUUUUCGGGCACAAUCUUGAGUGUAUCAUAUCUUUUGUGGGCCUGCCUGACUUUGUUGAGGCAGUAACAUACGUUAAGGGUCAAUUUUCAUUGAAAAGUUAUUGUAGUGCCUCGAGUUCAAAUCGUGCAGGAGGUUUAACACAAGUUGUGUGCAGUGAAAGGCUAGCAGUGCCAGAGGUACCUGCCGCAUUAAUAUCUGCUUCUUUGUGUGUAAAUACCUUUGGCGCAAAUUUUUGUAGCUGAGAAACUGUAGCUGUUGUUUUUAUUGCCACCAUAAUUAAAGUUUUGUUGCUCA